UGUAUUCGUUCAGUCGCGUUUCGGCGUCAGCGUGGAACGGGACGGCAGUAGACGACGCCAGUCGUCGUCGUCGACGUCGUUUUCGCGUACUGCUCCGUGUUAAGAUUUCCGUUUUCUCCCCGAUAGAGAUAAAAUUAACGUUGCGAAACUGUGACUAAAUUAAAUAUUUAGAGAAUCGGUUAUUGUUAUUAAUUGUGUGGUGAAAAAAGAAUUGUUAAAAUAUUUGUUUAAAAGAUGAUGAAAAAAGAAAAACCCAUGAUGUCGGUUACUGCCAUCAUUCAAGGGGCGCAACAUUGGGGGAGAACAUUACCCGGACUUGCACAACAAAACCCAUUUGGGCUAAGUUUGGAACAAAUCGGUUCGAUGGGACCUCAAUCCCCGUUAGAAUUAAAACCGGAUACCGGAACAUUGAUAACUUCCGGCCAGUACAGUCCUCAAGGACCGAACAGUCCCGGAUCGUACAGCAUGGGCCACGGGAGUAUCUUGAGCCCUUCACCUGGUGCCCAAGGAAAAAGCGUCGGAUCCCCUUAUCCCCCCAAUCAUCCGUUAAGCGGAUCAAAACACCUAUGUUCUAUUUGUGGAGAUAGAGCAAGUGGAAAACAUUAUGGAGUAUACAGUUGUGAAGGAUGUAAAGGAUUUUUUAAAAGAACCGUUCGGAAAGAUUUAACGUACGCAUGCAGAGAAGAAAAACAUUGUAUUAUAGAUAAAAGACAAAGAAAUAGAUGUCAAUUUUGUCGAUAUCAAAAAUGUCUCGUAAAAGGAAUGAAAAGGGAAGCAGUUCAAGAAGAAAGGCAAAGGACGAGAGAAAGGGACACCUCGGAGGUUGAAUCUACAUCAAACAUGCAAACAGAUAUGCCGUUGGAACGGAUAUUAGAGGCGGAAAAACGAGCCGAUGGAACAGACGAACAUCAAUUAGUAGAAAGCCCCGUUUCGAAUUUUUAUCGCGCAACGAACAAACAAUUGUUACAAUUAGUAGAAUGGGCAAAGCAUAUACCUCAUUUUACUUCAUUACCAAUUCCGGAUCAAGUGAAAUUAUUAAAAGCUGGUUGGAAUGAAUUGUUAAUAGCGUCAUUUUCACAUCGAUCAAUAGAAUCAAGGGAAGGAAUUAUUUUAAGUAAUGGAUUCACCAUACACAGAAAUUCAGCGAAAGAAUUUGGUGUUGCAAGUAUAUUCGAUAGAGUUUUAACGGAAUUAGUAGCAAAAAUGCGUGAAAUGAAAAUGGAUAAAACAGAAUUAGGAUGUCUUAGAACAAUAAUAUUAUAUAAUUCGGAUGUUCGUGGAUUAAAAUCAGUUUCAGAAGUGGAAAUGUUACGGGAAAAAGUGUACGGUGUUUUAGAAGAGUACACAAAGGCGACGCAUCCAAAUGAACCGGGACGAUUUGCAAAGCUUCUUUUGCGUCUACCAGCUCUAAGAUCGAUCGCUUUGAAAUGUUUAAAUCAUCUUUUUGUCUUCCAAUUGCUCGGCGAACACACCAUUGAGGAAUAUCUCACGAAAAUGCUUGAUAGUAGCACAGAAAUGCGUGAAGAUUUUUAAUCGCUUUAUUAUUAUUUUUUUAUUUGUAAACACUUAAAAGUUUUUAAUAUUUUUAAUAACGUUCUUCCUGAAAUCGUUUUAAUUUUAUUAUUUUUUUUUCAAUGAUCGUCUGUGAUUUCUCGUUUUAUUUAAAUUACGUUUGGGUAUUAUUUGCAAUCUUUCUCAUUCUAUUAACUAAAAUAAAAUAAAAUAAAAAGAAUAGUGUAUGGCGUAUAAUUCGAAAAAGAAAAUAAUUUAAGUAUUUGUAUAUAAUAUAAUAGAAAGUUUCGGAUUUUUUAUUCUUGAUUUUUUUGUGGUGAUUGUAAGUGCCUGGGCUUCGUUUUUGCGACUUUCUUAAUCAAAUUAUGUUGGAAAAAAGCUCAACUUGAAUGUUUUGAAAAUGUAAUAAGUUAAUUACUAAAGACUCACUUAUAAAAAAAUAUUUAUUUACGA